AUGCCGCCGCCCCACCGCGCCGGCGCGGGCGACGCUAGCGCGUUCUUCGCGGCGACGCUGGUGCUGUGGGCCGUGUCGGUGGGGUUCGAGAUCGGGGCGCGGGGCCGGCGCGAGCUGGCGGCCGUGGCGGCCGGCUUCGCCUUCUUCCAGGCCGCCAACACGGCCGUGCGCGCCGCCGUCUCCCGCGACCCGCUCUUCGUCAACACCGCCGUCUCGCUACUCCACUCCUCCCUCACAUCCGCCUCAGUUAUCUUUGUUCUUUUGUGUCGAUGGCGUGCUAAGGGCCUUGAGAACAUGUUUGAGCAUGCAGAAUUAGUUGGUCGCAGUUGGCUUGGAGCAUAUUCUGCUCUGUGCUUUUCAUGUGGCUACUUUGCUUAUGACCAAUUGGAUAUGCUCCGGUACCGUCUGUACAGUGGAUGGAUCCCUGGAAUUCUCAUGCAUCACCUUAUUCUGCUCAUUUGCUUUACACUAGCUCUAUAUCGGAAUGUGACAAUCAACUACCUAGUUCUCACACUUUUAUGCGAGAUGCACUCCAUAUUUUUGCACAUAAGGAAAUUGAGGAGAAUGGCUGGAUUUCGUGAUUUCAGCAGAAAAAUGGUGAAACUGGAAUGGAUACUCAACUGGACCACCUUUGUGACAGCAAGGGUAAUCAGCCACAUAUUGAUUACCUACAAACUGAUCACCGAUGCACACAAGUUUGAUAAGGGCAUUGAGCUUCCAUUAGCUCUUUUUGGUAUGGCAGGAAUGAAUGUGCUCAACGUAUCUUUAGGGCUUGAUCUAAUUAAAGCAUUCUCACGAGAGAGAAAUCAGCAGAGGCAUCAGGACUGAAUGUGCCUUUCUUGAUGGUGAUGUACUGUAAAUUUUGGCAAGGUUAUAGUCACACAGAUGUAAAUCAGAAGACAGAGGUAUGUUUGAGUGUUGUUAGCCUCUAGGCUUUGUCGUGACGAGCCAUGUAUGUUUAUGUAUGUUGAAUUUGUAUCAAGAUGUCUUCAAACCCGCCAUUAGUGGACAUUA